GUCGCUUGACGCCAACAUGGCUGGAAGGAGUGACUCGAGGCAUCCGCUUCGGCUUUGGGGUCUUUUGCAUCCUGGUGACUUACAUGGUGACCUCUUUCAGGAUGGGCCCGACGAGUAUGAAGCAGCGUAUGGAAGAAAUUAAACGUUUGAACACCCUGUGUGCGCAGAAAGUGUUGGAAUUGAUUUUAUCUCUCAAGGGCUAUUACAUCAAGGCCGCGCAAACCUUGUGUGGUGCAGGGCAGUUCCCUGAAGAGUUUGAUGAGGUUUUUUUGCAGUCCUUUUGGAUCAAUGCCCCCAGGAGCCCUACGAGGUGA